GCGUGGAGUAUCUAUAGAAAUGUUGUGUUUAUGUGGAAGCUGGAAGAAAUGCAUUCUCUGCGUGAAUUAAGAGAACCCUGUUUAUUUGUGGUGGCCUGAGAUACAAUAAUCAUUCAACAUGGUUAAAGAACAGAAAUGCAUUCUUUGUGAAACGGUCUACAGCUCCAAACAGGAGAUGGAAGAGCACAUGAGAAGUAUGCUGCACCACCGGGAGCUGGAGAAUCUGAAAGGACGGGACUGUGGACACGAGUGUCGGGUCUGCGGCGUAUCGGAGGUCAGCCUGACCGACUAUGCGAGUCACAUCUCCAGCCCUUUACAUAAACAGCAUGUUGAGGAUCAGAAGAACCGGCCCACAAAAGAAGACCAAGAUGAAGAGUACUUUGACAAGGACAUUGUGCAGCUUAUUGAGAAACGCAAGGAAAUGAUCAGGAACGAAGAGGCUUCUGCAAAGCAGGCUAAAGAAGAGCAGGAGCAAUGCAGGAGGUGGCAGGAACUUAAGACUCAGUGGCUUGGGCCAAGGCCUUUGAUGUACCAGCAGUGUGGGCCUUGGGACCGGCCCUAUCCCAACUUUCCCCAGAUGCCCAAAAGGGGCAGAGGCUCCAAUUGGCAGAAUUUGAGAUUUUCAUCCCCUGAACGUGGCAAAAGUUUCAGCCGAGAUGUUAGGUGUGCCACAUGGCAUGCUGAAGGACCGCCUGACUUGCAGAAAUGGGAAUCUGUUGGACGUCAGGGAGGGAGUUUGCACAACCAAGGAAAUUUCUGGGGUGGUAGACAAGGUGGCUAUGGAGUCUGCCCUCCACAGCUGAGAAAGCAAUUUCCCUGGAACAACAAUCAGUUUAAUGCCCCUUGGAAUAGACAAUAUAUGUCACCACCUAGGUUCUUUAAACAGUCUGCCAAAGAGACUCAGAAGACACCCAGCAGCUCUGAGAAUCGGACACAGGGUGAACAGAGUAUAGAAGAAUCUGGUGGAGAGCAUGAUCCUAACAAAGGUAAGGGUCAGAAGUCAGAGAAGGCUCACCGAUGGGCACCAUAUCCACCAGCUAAACUUGGGGAUCCUUCAUCUCAGACUAACCCUCAGCCAAUGUUAGAUAAGUCAGAUGUGGGAUCUCCUCAAACCUCUAAGGCACAAAGUUUCAAAGAGGGCAGCCAGGACAUGGAGAGGAUAUCCCUGGCAGACCAAAGAAAUUGGCAUUAUAAACCCACAGAACCUAAAGAGAGUGAUUGCAGGGAGCAGAAGAGUUCCUUCAAGAACUUUGGCAAUACUAGCAUGGAUAGUUUUACCUACCCCUCCACCUCCACCACUAGGAAAACAGAGAAGCCCAGCAAGCUAGCUGAAGAUGGUUCAAAAAUGAAUCUCAGACAAACAGGAAGUCAAGACUUUGUCAGCUCCAAAGGUUUUAAGCAUUCCCAUUCAAGCUCUGAAUUCGCACAACAUGCCACUUCCAAUGCAGAGCAAGAUAGUCUGCUGUCAGAGAUGCUGCGAAAAGCUAAAGAGACAUUGCUUAAUAGAAAUAACCCUAGUGACGUGUCUGGUACAGAGAGCUGCCUCAAAGCAUCAAAGGCUGUGCCUCAGAUGAAAGAGCAAGUAGACAGUUCAGAAUUAAUCAAGACUCAAAAAUUACAAGAGAGUAAGAAGAAACUGAACAAGAACAAAGGUCAAGAAAGGUUGGGUUUUGUCAGACGUUUUAGCAAUGACCGAGAGCAGUUAACCAGUACUGAGACCUCAGUACAGUUUGGCAAUGUGCGCAAUGACUCUAGGCCGUCUCUGCAGUCCUUACAAGUUAGUACCUCCACUAAGGACCAUGAAGAUGAGGAGGAGUGUGGUGAAAUGGAAGAAAAUCCUCACUUAGCAGUACAAGAUCAAGUCAUGGACACACUGGAUGAAGGUUUGUGCUCCGCUGGUGAGGGGUCCCAACAAACUACAGGUGGCUCUGUGCCCUCUCUAAGCAAGCUUGCAUUACCUGCAUGUCUCCAAAGGGAUCUGAACCGUCAUAUGGGCCCCAAAGGCAAAGCAGCAUCCCAUGAACCCAACUUGAAUAUUGCCAGACGUAUUAGAAAUGUGAGUGGCACACGAAAAAAUGAGACUGAGAAGGAUGCAGGACUUAAACCCACCUUGCGACAGCUGAUUAGCUCCUCUGGCUCAAGGCGAAAUGUGAACUGGGACCAGGUCUACCAGGAAGUCAACCGGAAGAAGCAGGGCAAGGGCUUACCAAGAUUUGGUAUAGAAAUGGUGUCCUGUGAACCUGUGGGUCCGAACCAAAUGGAUGAAGAUGAAGUACCUCUUUCUGAGGGCUUUCAUUGGGACUCUCUGUUUGAAUUUAGUCGAGUGCCUUCCCGCAAGCGAAGCUUGUCUGAAAGCAAUGUGGUCAAAGAAAGCCCUGCUGGGACCAUCUCCCUCCCCAAAGCUGUAGACCCAGUGAGGGACUCUCCUGCCUGUGGCCCCUCACAGCCACAGAGGAGAGAGGAGCUGCAGUCCACAGGUUCUCUGGAGAAUCAAGGUUUGAAAGGGCCUUCUAAGGGCCCUGAGGAAGUUGAAGAAGUCGGUGGUUGUAUAUCAGAGACUGAACUGAUUGACACGCAAGGAGCUGGGAAGAAACGCAGAGCUCCUGGGGAUGUAGUGUCUCCAGAGAUUCCUAAUGAAGAUAGGAAAAACAAGAGGCAAAAAAUUAAGGCUAAGAAAGAACGCUCGCAAGUGGAUCAGUUGCUGGCUGUGUCUCUACGUGAGGAGGAGCUUAACAUCUCUCUUCAGGCUGUGGACAACAGUCUUAUUCAGGCACGUGCUGCACUGCAAGCUGCCUAUUUAGAAGUACAGCGCUUGCUUAUGGUCAAACAACAGGCGACGAAUGAGAUGAACUCUUUGAGAACCAAGCGCAUUGAAAUACUUCAAGGAAUGCAAGGUGAAUUUGAAUCAAAAGAAAGAGAGAGGAACAGUAAGGAGAUCUUAACGUCUUCAUCAACCCAGAUUUCUCAGAUCACCAAUCCUGUUCCCUCAACAACAGCUGCUCACUCAUCCUCUUCAAUGUCCUCACUGCCUGUUACCAUAAAGCAGGAGCCCAUCUCUCAAUGUAACCCCAUUCCUGAGCCUAACCUUGUCAAAAGCCCCCUCUCAGCACCUCAAAAUACCGCACCUGUCCAAACUGUGUUUGCAGCUUGUCAAAUAGAUGGUACCUUCAACACUAAGAUAAAGGCUUCACAAGACGCCACAAGCAUGGCUUUGACAGCAGCUUCCUCAGUUCACAGAUUACAGUUGUCACCUGUCAAAGAAAUUCAUCGAAAUUUGAGCUCUCAAGAGGGGUUAGCCAACCCAUCUUCCUCAUUUAUGUCUGCGACCCUCUCUCCUAAGCCACUGUCUCCCUCUAACCCCCUAGAAACUAAUCCAGUUAAGCGUGUUCGAAAGCUAAAGAAGAGAAAGUGUCUUAAUAAAGCAAAGUUGAACGAGCAGCCUGAAAUCAGCGAAUCUGAGCUUGACGCAGAGCUGCCUGCUUCUCGACCUACCCGCAAGUGUCGACCUCAUCGGGGAUCCAGCAGCACCUACGUCUCACCCUCCACACCAGAAGAGAAAGAUAAAAAUGAAGAGAUGGUGGUGACCGAUGCUUCAAAGGCACAACCACAGGGAACCAAGCUAGCAACACCGCCAGUGAAUGAAGAUCACUCUAAUUCUUCUGAACUGGAGAUGGUGGAGCUUCCCCCACUUGAUAUUGAUAUUGUCAAUCUAGAUUCUUCAGACCCAGAUGAGAGGCCUGAAAAGAAGGCCAAGGAGUCAGCCACUGCAUACUCAACAGACCAUGCUGUUACAGACCCUCAAAAUCUUGCCUGCAAUGAAGUCACCUCCACUAGUGAAAUUGAUACUAGCAGUAUAGUCAAGACUUGUGAAAGGUAAAUCUCAUGGUUUGAACUAGGAUUUUCUAAAUGAUUAUUCUUAAUAUCUUAGAUUA